AUGAGCAACCUGGAGCGAGGAGGAACAAUGGCAUCGAAGGAGAGGCUGUACGAGCUGUGGAUGUUGUACUACACUAAGAAAGAUGUGAGUUAUCUGCAACAGUGGCUUGAUGCAUUUGUAGCAUCCUUUGAAAGGCUCAUAGAUGUGCACUCACUCGAGCCGCGGAGAGUGGAGGAGUGCACUUCUGAGGUGCCUCUGCUCCCCAAAGAGGUCCUGGUGUUCCUCAGCACACAGCUUUGGCAAAGUGCAUCACAUCUGUCAAACACCCAUGACCAUAUCAGUAACACCCCCCACCCUCUACUCCUCAUAAAAUUCUUCAUCAUUGUCUGCAGAAACAUGGAGAACAUUGAUCCAGAGAAGACUCCUGGUUUUGUUUUUGAAACGAUCAAGCUUUUGAAUUUUUGUUUGCAUCAGAUAAAGAAUGGUGAGGGGGAGCAGUCAACGCUGCAGUCCGUUGUGUAUUUCGGACUAGUGCUAUGCGAGAGUGUCUUUGACCCGUAUCAGACGUGGAGGAGACGUCUGGCAGGAGAGGAGGUUAGCUUGCUGGAGAGGAACAAGUACAAAUUCUUGCCGCUGCCUCUGCCAGAGGAGCUGACUGCUCUGUUCCACGAAAGUCUGCAGGACAGUGAGAAAAUCCCAGAGCUUCUCACACUCAGGCUAGUUCAUCUUCAGGGAGCUAUCAUUAGUGGGGGCAAGAAUAAUGGUCUCCUGGCUGUCACCUCUCACUCUGUUGAGGACCUCUUUUCAGUGCUACAAGUUUGGUGCUGCAGGGGCGUUCAUCAGUCGAAGGACACGACGCUCCCUCGGCUGACCUUGCAAUGCCUGACCGCAAUGAUCCACUUGCUGCAUUUUAGCAGCCCUUCAGAGCGACAAGUUAACAUAAAGACCAUACUGCAGAGUUUUUUUCAGCUCCUUAACUGGAACCGUCCACUGAGCAGUGAACUGCAAGACAGGCAGAACUCUGAGGAAAGCCUGAUCUUGCUUCAGAGCUUAAUGCUGACUGCAGUACCUGAGAUCCUGCAGUGUUCGGACCGGCCUGCCCUCCAGGCUGUCUUCCUGAACAACAACUGCUUUGAACACAUCCUCAGGCUAAUACAGAACAGCAAGCUCUUUCAGAGCAACAGGCUUAGGCCGAAGAGUGAGUGUGACCUCACUACAAGUUUACUCACAGAGGUCAAAGUGGACCAGGUGCUGGAGCGAGGUUCGGACAGCAUCACAGUGCACGCUUUAGGAGUUCUAACAGCCAUAAUGAGUAACUCGCCCACUGCCAAGGAGACAUUCAAGGAGCGGAUUGGCUACUCCCAGCUAUUUGACGUGCUCAAGAGUCAAGGUCAACCCACCAAAAGGCUGCUGCAGGAGCUGAUGAACAUGGCAGUGGAAGGCGAGUAUGCCCACGCACACCAUUUAGGCAUUAGUAAUGACCAACCCUUGCUGCUGCUUCUGCAAUGGCUCCCUGAGUUACACGGCCAUAGAGAGCUUCAGCUACUGGUAGCACAGUGGCUGGCCACUGUAUGCGGCGGGUCCCUAUCAUGUCGGACUGUGGCAGUAGAGGCAGGCAUGGUAGGGGCUCUCCUCCAGGUGCUCUCGCAGCCCCAGCACUUGGACAAGCAGUGUGCAGAUGCUCUGCUGGGGCUCCUGCAAGACCUGGGCUCACUUUGUUUGAAGCCCGAAGAGUUGAGGAGCCUUCUCAAACUGCUCAGAUUGGAUCAGGAUAAAGGUGUGCAUCCGUUCUGCACUCGCAUCAUCCAAGUGCUCUCGGCGAUGGCGGCGCGAGAAGGUCGGGAUAGUGCCUUGCAGUACUUUGACCUCACACCCCCUAUGGCGGGUAUCAUGGUGCCCACAGUCCAACGAUGGUCAGGCAGCAGCUUUGCCUUUCACGCCUGGCUCUGCCUCAACAUGGACUUCCCCCAUAACCCUCAGGUGGACUUAAACAAACCUGCCAACUCGGUCCCACCAAGUCAACAUGACAUGGGAAAAGGACCACGCAGGAAGCAGCUAUACAGUUUCUUCACAGCUAGUGGAACUGGACUGGAAGCCUUUUUCACAAUGGAGGGUGUGCUGGUCGUAGCUGUUUGCACUAAGAAGGAUUACAUGGCUGUUGCAUUGCCAGAACUCCCACUAGCUGACUCACGCUGGCAUUCAGUUGCCAUAGUCCACAUUCAAGGCCGUCGUCCUUUUGGUCAGAACUUGGUCAAUAUCUUCAUUGAUGGAGAGUUGUCUAAAACAGCUCAGAUUCGCUUUCCAUCCUUAAGUGAGCCUUUUACUUCCUGCUGCAUCGGCUCUGCAGGCAACCGGACCACCACCACCACGACCUCGCCUAAUCUUUCCACAUCCCUUUCCUCCAGCCAAUCCCCUGAAUUUGCCUUUCCGGCCACCGCCCCCUCCCUAAUCCGCUCGCAGUCCUUUCCAGUCACCUUCUCAGGGGGCCGUUGGGGUUCUCUUAAUGACUCCACGGUGCAUACCAUCCCAGCGGGGCUGCAGGACACAGAGUGGGGAACACCCUCUUCCCUGGAUGGACUCCUGGGAACUGCCUUCAUCUGCCAUGAAGCUCUGCAGCAAGGCCAGACAAGAAUGUUGUACACUGCAGGCCCAAAUCACGUGCCCUUAUUCAAAGCAGAUGGAGAGUUGUCUGAUCUUAAUGGCAAACUUGUGCUCUACUACACUCCUCAGGCAUUCAAGAGUCAAAUAUGCUUAGAUUUGUCACCUAAUCAUCAAUAUGACGGACGUCUAACAGGACAUCGAGUCAUCAAUUGGGACAUUAAGGAUGCCAUCAAUGUGGUUGGGGGUAUAGGGGUUCUGCUGCCCCUCCUCGAGCAAGUAUGCGAGGAAGAGCAGGUGUACAACAGCGCUCAGGAGAUCUCAGAACUGCUCGGUCCAGAACUGACAUCAUCGCGAGGCCCGGCUGCCAUGCUGCUGCCACUUAAGUCUUCAGAAGCGAGACUGGAGAGGAAUAGUAUCGCGUCCUUCUUGCUGAUGAUGAAGAACAUGAUCCGUCGUCAUCCUGUCAAUCAGGAAAGCUUGCUGCAGUGCCACGGGCCUAGCAUCAUCGGCGCCAUGCUGAGCAAAGUCUCAGGCAGUAUGAUGGACAUGAAUGUUUUGAUUGCAUGUCGGCUGCUACUCGACCAGGUUUUUAACGAGGGAAAUGGGCCGCUUCUGCAGCAGUUCUACCAGCAUCUGCUCUUUGAUUUCCGCAUCUGGACCAGAAGCCAUUUUGCUGUUUGUCACGAUCAUGUCCAGUUCAUAUCGUCCGUGAUCCAUAAAGGAAAACAGCGCCUCAAGAGGAAAUAUGGAGUUCAGUACAUUUUGGAUACCAUUCGCACUUACUACAGCACAGAGAAGGACGGUGGCUGUCUUUAUGACGAGAAGCAGAUGAUUCAGACAUCUCUGUUCGCGUUGCUGAAAGACUUCCUCAAGUCUCCUACAGCUGAAGAACUCCACAGUGUCCUUGCUUACAUUGUGAGUGCGGGAGAUGAGCAACAGGUGGUAAAGGCCUUGGAUGUGCUCUAUGAGCUUUUGCGGAGCAGCCCUCCGCGUGAACAUGUGCAGGCUGUGCUGCUGGAGUGGGGAGUGGAACAACUUUAUAGUGUUCUUCUCAACCAAAGCUUUGGAGAUCGGGCUAGAGAGAUGGUCUUCAGAGUUUUGUACAAAAUCCUCAAGAGCGAGCGCGUGUCCGAGCGCAACAAGCAGCGCCUCAAACUAAAGGACUUCGGCUAUCUCGGUUUGGUGUUUUUCCUUGAAGACAUUCCUGUAACCAUGACUACUGUGCGCUGUCUGUACGAGCAGGUCCUUGCUACAGACUCGAGUCCGAACUUCAGAGACCUCCUGGCUGUAGUGUGUCUAUCCCACCGAGCUGACCUGGCAGUCCGCCUGGAUGUUUGCCGCAAGCUCUUUCACCUCAUCUAUACCGGCGAGGAUUACGUGAAGCAGCUUGCCAAGCAACCCGGUUGGCAAGAUGUUCUCACCAAGCUCUAUGUGAAGGAGUCCUACGAGUCUUACGCUGCCAGCAUCGCUGGCUCCAGUGAGGCAAACCUGAGGCCUACUUUGCGUCGAGACCAGAGUCUGCUAAUCGAGGAUGCUCGGACAGGGAUCUUUCUGAAUUACGGCACAUCGCAGGAAGAGGACGAUGACGAGGAAGAAGAGGAUGGCGGCCAGCAAGAUAUCUCAGAAGGAUACUCUGAUUUAUCCCAAUCGCCGCUCGGUGGACUGGGAGGCCAGCUGAAGAGCUUCAAAUCAUUCGAUUCUGCAGACCAAGAGAGUCACUCGUCCUCCCGCUCCAAUUCCAUGGUGGUCGAUAUUGCUUCAUCCCGCUUUGAUGAGGAAGGGAGAGAUUACCAGCCCUUCUCACCGUAUGGAAUGUCGCCGCCUUUUGAUUUGGAGCUAGGUAGUUUAGGGGAAAUGAUCACCCCAGCAGGUAGCCUCUCAAACACUCCAUCCCCUCUGGAGCACAGCAAACCCUUUCCACCGCUUAGACCCAGAAAGAGUUCCAGUCUAUCUAACGUUCUGGACCACACCAGCUACGGAACGGACCCUCCCACAGGAGACACUAUCUCUAACACGUCCAACCCACAGCAGACACCAGAAGAGGAGCUCUGCAACCUGCUCACCAACAUUAUCUUCUCCGUGCUUUGGUGCGGCAGUGGGGCGGAGGGGCCCGAGGACGUGAUUUGGAGAGAGAGGGGGCAGGUGUUUUCUGUUCUCACUAAACUGGGUUCUUCCUGCCAACUCGUUCGUCCGCCUGAUGACAUUAAGCGCAGUCUGCUGGAGAUGAUGCUGGAAUCGUCUUUGUCCGACCUGAGGGAUGCCCAGGGAUUGUACCUGCCCUUUUGUCCCAGUCUAGUGAGACUCCUCAGGCUACUGCAGGACUUCCUCUUUUCUGAGGGGACCAAUAAUCAUACGCUAUGGAGUGAAAAGAUCUUUGAGGGGGUGGUAAACCUACUGGACAAGUUGCAGGCCUGGCACACCACCCCUGGCAGCCCCGGCAGCACCGAACUCAAGGAGAUGUCCCAGAUCGGCCUGCGCAUCAUCACCGGUUAUAUCCAACAGCAGCAGUCACAGGUUUGUGUGAUGGCUUUCGUGAAGCUGCAUAGCCUUCUGCAGACAGUGUUGUGUCUCAGCUGGGAGGAGGUCUGCUUCUUGCUUGGACGUAUUGGUGUCCCCUUGUGGCCAGAAAAAGAUGCAAAAGGGAGCAACAACACUGAGCAUGCAGAGAUGUUCGCCCAAGUGGUCCCAGUCGUGCGUGCUCUUCUGGACCAGCACGCAGACCCAGUAACGGUCCAACAGCUGCUUCCUAGUCUGCCUAUCACUAAUGGCAGCACCACCUUUGCCCAGGAUCUGAAGGCCUACUGCCACACACUAGAGUGGCAAAGCUUUUACCAGCAGCAGGUUCAACCCACAAUGGAGCAGUAUGAGCUGGACACAUUUGGCCGAAGUCACGACAUCAUGUCCAAUUUUUGGAAUUCCUGUUUCGAUGACCUCAUGAGUACAGCCUUCCGUCGCGACAAAGACAGAUCAGACAGCAAAGCAAAGUUUCAGGAAUUGAUCGUCGAUCCCUACCUGAAGCGUGUUCGAAGUGAGAACGGACGCUACGUCAGCUGGCAAAAGCAGAGCUCUAACCACCAGGGGGUGGUGUGGCAGCACUGGAAGGCCCUGCGAAGGCUCUUGACCAGCGAGAGAGCAGUGUGGGCCAAGAAAAUCCAGCCUGAAGUCAAAUGGAUGCUGUCCAGUGCGGAGACGUAUUCCAAAAUGCGUCUCAAACUUGUUCCCAACCACCACUAUGACCCCCACACCGAGGCCAGUGCCCAAAGGGACAACAUGGGCGUGGACAGUCCACGUUCUGAGCCGCUCCCUUUGGCUGUAGCCAAAGAAGCCAAAGUAAGCGAUAUGGAGGAUGACCAGUUAGGAGAAGAGGAUCUUGUCUUUUUAAACAACAACGUUGAGGUCGAAGAUGAGAGCCAAAAAGAAAAGCUGGUUUUAUCCGAAGACUGUGAGCUCAUCACUAUUGUAGCCAAGGUUCCCGGUCGCCUUGAGGUUACCACGCACCACCUUUAUUUCUACGACGGCAGCAUUGAGAAAGAGGAAACAGAGGAAGGAAUUGGUUUUGACUUCAAACGGCCUCUGUCUCAACUCCGAGAAGUCCAUUUGAGGCGCUACAACCUGCGUCGUUCUGCACUGGAGCUCUUCUUCAUCGAUCAGGCUCACUAUUUCAUCAACUUUAAGAAGAAGUUGCGUAAUAAAGUCUAUUCAAGGAUUCUGGGGCUGCGCCCUCAUAAUCUGUUUUACUUUGGAUCCCGAUCACCCCAAGAGCUGCUGAAGGCAUCAGGCCUCACACAGAAAUGGGUCUUCAGGGAAAUAUCCAAUUUUGAAUAUUUGAUGCAACUCAACACCAUUGCUGGGCGGACUUACAAUGACCUAUCGCAAUAUCCUGUGUUCCCCUGGAUACUCUGUGACUACACCUCCCCUGUUCUGGACCUGGAAGAUCCGUCAGUUUUUCGAGACUUGUCCAAACCUGUCGGUGUGGUCAACCCUCGCCAUGCACAGGCCGUCAAAGAGAAGUAUGAAAGCUUUGAGGACCCAGCGGGCACUACUGACAAAUUCCACUAUGGCACACACUACUCCAACGCAGCAGGAGUCAUGCACUACAUGAUCCGCAUGGAGCCUUUCACCACGUUGCACAUACAGCUGCAGAGUGGCAGGUUCGACUGUGCAGACCGACAGUUCCACUCGGUGGCAGCAGCCUGGCAAGCUCGCAUAGAAAGCCCAGCUGAUGUCAAGGAGCUUAUACCGGAGUUCUUCUACUUUCCGGAAAUCCUGCAGAACAUGAAUGGCUUCGACUUGGGAUCCUUGCAGAUAUCGCAGGAUCCAGUGGAGGAUGUUCUGUUGCCCCGGUGGGCCUCUUCAAGGGAAGACUUUAUCAGAAAGCACAGGCAAGCUCUGGAAAGUGAGUAUGUGUCGUGUCAUCUGCACGAGUGGAUUGACCUGAUCUUCGGCUUCAAGCAAAGAGGAGAAGAGGCAGUGAAAGCUCUGAAUGUCUUCUACUACUGUACCUAUGAAGGUGCUGUAGAUUUGGAUGCCAUUGCUGAUGAGACAGAGCGCAAGGCACUUGAAGGCAUGAUUAGCAACUUUGGACAAACGCCUUGCCAACUCCUGAAGGAACCUCACCCGCCACGUAUGUCGGCUGCAAACGCGUCUCGGCGGCAGUCACGCCUGGACUCUGUCCCGGUUAACAUCUUCGAUCACCUCGAUAAGCUACGCUCAUUUGUGGAGGUUGUGAGUGAUGGCAUCCCUCUGGUCCAAGCGGUCGUACCAAAGAACCAGAACCGGUCUUUCCUCAUACCUGGUUCAGAUGUACUGGUGACAGUGAGCUUAAAUGGGUUAAUAGGAACACACAGCUGGCUGCCAUAUGACAAGAACAUUGCCAACUACUUCACCUUCACCAAGGACCAAACCAUUGCUAAUCUUAAGACACAGCGUUUUGUAGGCGGGCCUUUCUCUUCCGACGUGGAGCUCAGUGCUCAGGUUUUGGUUGUGUCGAAUGAUGGGCGUCUGCUGUUUAGUGGCGGACACUGGGACUGCAGUCUUAGGGUCACGCAGUUGGGCAAAGGCAAACUCGUGGGCAGGAUCUGUCGACACAUUGAUGUUGUCACAUGCUUAGCUUUGGAUCUAUGUGGUAUCUACCUCAUCUCUGGCUCAAGGGAUACAUCUUGUAUAGUGUGGCAGGUUCUACAGCAGGGUGGCUUUUCGAGCACGUUGUCUCCUCGACCUGUCCAGGUGCUAUGUGGACAUGACCAGGAAGUCACCUGUGUGGCCAUCAGCACAGAACUGGACAUGGCGGUCUCAGGCUCAAAGGAUGGGACCGUAAUCGUGCACACAGUCAGACGAGGUCAGUACCUGAGGACAUUGAGGCCUCCAGGUGAGCCUUCCCACAUCUCUAAACUCCAGGUUUGCAUGGAGGGUCACGUUGUGGUGCAGACAUCGCGGGGGGAGCAGUCCAAUAGAAUGAAGGGCAAGGACUCCAUCCAUGUUUACUCUGUCAACGGCUGCCUGUUGUCUUCCUUCACCACCGAGGAGCAGGUGUGUGCCUUGCACCUGGUGUCUGAAUACGUCAUCCUGGGCACCAUGCAGGGCAGACUACAUAUCCGCCACCUGUGCAGCCUGGAUGCUGCAGUCCCACCAUUGGCCUUGAAAGUCCCUGUGAGAAGCGUGUUUGUCACCAAGGAAAGCAGUCACAUCCUGGUGGGCCUGGAGGACGGGAAGCUGAUAGUGGUGGGGGCGGGAAAGCCGGAGGAGGUUCGCUCAGGGCAAUUCUCUCGCCGCCUGUGGGGGUCCACACGCCGCAUUUCUCUAGUGUCCGCCGGCGAGACCGAAUACAACCCCGUCGCCGAGAGCGCCGGCAAAUGA